GCGCGGAAUGGCGUUUGUGUGGAAACCGUGACAGGGACGUCAAACUCCUGCAUCAAUCAAAUGUGAUUUUAUUCUGUCCGUCGGUCGUGGAGGAGAUUCCUGCUGUCUCGUUAAUCCCUGCGGUUUUCCAUUACAAAUCUUGUGCGAGGAGAAGAUGGAAACAUCGGACAGCAGAUGUGUGCUUUGGCUGCUUCUCUUACUCAUCUGUCAACUAGUGGAGAAAUCACAAACCUAUGGGUUCAGAUCACAAAAGAAGCUGACAGAAAACAUAGACUGGUCCUACACAGGAACAUUAAACCAAAACAGAUGGCACAAGAAAUACCCAUCAUGCAACAAUGCCAAGCAAUCACCGAUAAACAUUGAGGAGAGUCUGGCACAAGUCAAAGCUCAGUUUGAGAAAUUGAGGUUUGAAGGCUGGGAGAAGCUGACCUCAGGGUCCACAAUAGCAAAAAAUGAUGGCAAGACAGUGACAAUAGAUGUAAAAGGUGAAUUCAGUGUAAGCGGAGGGGGGUUGAGGUCCACUUUCAGGGUGGGCCGUAUUACUUUUCACUGGGGCCGUUGCAAUGCCUCCUCUGAUGGCUCUGAGCAUAGCCUUAAUGGAGUCAAAUUCCCCUUGGAGAUGCAGAUAUAUUGUUAUGAAGCUCAUCAUUAUCAAACUAUAGAUGAUGCCCUGACAUCUGGAGGACAGAUUACUGCACUUGCUGUAUUGUUUGAGGCAAGUGUCGAAGAUAAUGAAAACUAUGAAGCCAUCAUUGAUGCAGUCAACAGUGUCAGUAGAUAUGGAAAGAGUAGUCAUGUGUCGCCGUUCAUUCUACAAGGCCUCUUGCCCAACUCCACGGAGAAGUACUUCAUCUACAAUGGGUCGCUUACGUCUCCUCCUUGCCAUGAGACUGUGGAGUGGAUUAUCUUUAAAAACACAGUGGCAAUCUCUGAAGCACAGUUGGAGAUGUUCUGUGAGGUGAUGACCAUGCAGCAGGCUGGAUAUGUGAUGCUGAUGGACUACCUGCAGAAUAACUACAGAGAGCAGCAGCUUCAGUUCAUGGGCCAGGUCUAUUCUUCAUAUACCGGCACUGAAGAGAUCCUCACACCCAUUUGUAGCUCAGAGCCAGAGAAUGUGCAGGCAUACCCGCACAACUACACAGGUCUGCUAGUGAUGUGGGAGAGGCCACGGGCUGUGUAUGAUGCAAAUAUAGAGAAAUACUCUGUCACCUACUGGCUGGCACAAAGAGAUGAUCCACCUACGCUGGAGUACCUUACUGAUGGAGACCAGGAUGUGGGAGCCAUCAUCCAGGACCUGGAGGCCAACACCAGCUACGUGGUGCAGGUGGUGGCUGUGUGCACUAAUGGUCUGUAUGGGCGGCAGAGUGAUCAGCUGAUAGUGGACAUACCCGUGAUUGACCCUGAAACAGACCCUGACCCUGAUCCCUUUGAAAUCGAUGAAGAGGAGGACUAUUUGAGCACCCCCUUGUGGGUCAAGCCUGACUUAAAUCAGGCACCCCAUCCAGUGCAAACCACUACAAGUCACCCUAGAUUUACAUCAACUGAGGGUCAUGUCCCUCUAUUAUCAGACGAAAAAAUGACUAAUGAAAAUGAUUAUCAGGGCAUUUUUGUAAAACACACUUCCCAACCUACCACCAUAACCCCUACCACCCUGGCCAGUGUCUUGACUUCUGUUAGCUUUUCCAAACCAAAACAGUUUGUUUCUCCAGUCAUCGAUACUAAAACCACUCCAGCAUCCACUGAAAACCUUCACCAGGGCAUUACAGUUAAACAGACUACCCAGUACACCCCUCUUAAUACGUUCAAGUUCACAACACCAGGACAGCCUGUUCCUCCAGUCUUUGAUAUUAAAACAACCCCAACAACUGAUGACUACCAUUACCAAGACAUUCUAGAAAAACACCCUCCCCAGUCUACCCCCAUGACCCCUGAAGCUAAUUUUAUCACAGAUUUACUCACAUCUGAAACAGAUUACAGCAGCAUAGCACCAACUGUGGUCUCAGAAGAUAACAAUGUCAGUGACAGCUCUGAGGGUCAUAGAAUAGAAAUUAGUCCACUUGACUCAGAAACCACAUCAACCUCAGUGGUUAAGGAGGAGAACGUCACUGACUCACAUGGCUAUGGGGAGAGCUCAAUUACUGCUGCAGAUACAGUAUCCUCCUUCGUCCCCACAGAGGCCCAAGUGCAAACUGCGACUCCCACUGUGCCUCUCUCCACGAUCACCACAGCCUCCGGUAGUGUUCUCUCACCUGAUUUCAAUGGUGAGAACUCUCCCACUGAGACCUCUGUGUGUGAGUCUCAGCACUGCCUGCAUGCUAUUCCUGUGUCCCUCCCUUAUAGCUCUAUGUUGUCUGCGUCUGAGUCUACCCCAGACUGGGACAUCUUGUAUUCUACACUGUCUGUCACCCACUUCCUGUCCUACCCUGCACUGUCCCGCUCUCCCUCCAGCUCGGUGUCUUAUUGGGAUACAGAAACUGUCUCUAGUGGUGAUGAUGGUGAUGAUGGUGACAUGUUGUCUGGGUCAGCUUCGGGUGCCACUCUCUGUAACAGUACUCUUCCCCUUCAAGCAGUACCUGACUUGACUGACUCUGAGGUUUCUCUGUUAAACUUAAAGCAGGAUAUCUCUCACACCUCUGAGUCACUUAGCACUGUCUCUCCAUCUCUUCAGCCAUCAGGUGUCUUCUCUAGUGACCUCUCUUCUUUCUUUACUUCCUCAGUCUCAGAUAGUGUGAUGGAGUGGGAGGAUCUUUCUGUGAAACCUCACUCUGUUGGUCAAACUGGUGAUGGCCCUUGGAUCUCAUCACAUAUUUCAAGUUCUAUGUAUUCAUCCUCUUUAUACCUGAUGCCUUCCUCAUCAAUAAGUGACAUGUCUAGUGUAGUAGAGGAUCAUUCAUUUCAGUCUUUCUCCACUGUUGCAGCUGAUGGGUUCAGUGCAACAAUCUGGGACCCAUCAUCCCCAACUGAUCCUUCUAGUGAACUGCGAUUCUCUGUUAAAGCCAACAUCAACAGCUUUACAAGUGGUGAAAGUUCCCAGGUCCCUGGAGCUUCUGCUCCAUUGGAGCCCCCCACAGUGUUGGCAACAUCAGUCCCAGAGGCUACCUCAUUCGCACACUCGGCCGAUGGAUCUCUGGACAGUAGUGCCUCAGCUUCAGGAGAGAGCUCAGCUUCAGGAGAUGGGAGUCCUGUCCCUUCCAUACCUGGUGUAUUCUCCACUGAAGCAUUAGGAGAGGAGCUGGAGUUAGAGGAACACUCUUCAUCCUUUUAUUUUGAGAGUGAGAAUGUGACAGAGAAUGAGGCUACCACCUUAAGUACCAUCCUUCUCCCCAGCCCAACCUUGGCUCGAGGGGGUGUGGAGGAAGAAAACAGCGGAUCAGGAGAGAGCCUCACAGAUAACGAGACAUCCUCUGAUUUCAGUAUUCCAAAGCAUGCUGCCAGAGACUCAGAGGAAGAACCAGUGGAAGAUGCCAGUAACAGUAGUCAUGAGUCUUGGGUGGGACUGGUGUCCAGUGUGGAGCAUCAGACGAAAGCUGUGGUUCCUCUGGUUGUAGUGUCGACCCUCACCUUCCUCUGCCUUAUCGUACUAAUUGGCAUUCUCAUCUACUGGAGGAUGUGCUUUCAGACUGCUCAUUUCUACAUUGAUGACAAUACCUCUCCUAGGGUCAUAUCCUCUUCUCCUCCUAUGCUUAGUCUCACAGAUGAGCAUGAAGCUCUUUCAGUGGAGGAAUUUGUUCAACAUGUUAAAGAACUCCAUGACACCAAGUCCUUCUGCAGAGAGUUUGAGAUAUUAAAAGCGUAUUUUGAGGAGAUUCAGUCAUGCACUGUGGAUCUGGGAGCUACAAUGGACAGCUCUAUUCACCCAGAAAACAAGAGCAAGAACCGAUACAUCAACAUUUUAGCCUAUGACCACAGUAGAGUCAGGCUCUCACCCCACACUGAUAAAGAUGGAAAGAGUGAUGGAGAUUAUAUAAAUGCCAACUAUGUGGAUGGUUUUAAUAUACCAAGGGCCUACAUAGCAGCUCAGGGCCCCCUGAAGUCGAGCACUGUGGACUUUUGGAGGAUGGUGUGGGAGCAGAAUGUUGGCAUAAUUGUCAUGAUCACAAAUCUGGUGGAGAAAGGCAGAAGAAAAUGUGACCAAUACUGGCCUUUGGAGAGCCAAGAAGAAUAUGGGCAUUUCCUUGUGACUGUUAAGAGUACUAAGGUUAUGGCUUACUACACCCAAAGAACCUUUACCAUACGAAAAACACAGAUAAAAAAGGGUUCUCAGAAAGGUCAUGUUAAUGAGAGGACGGUAGUACAGUACCACUACACACAGUGGCCAGAUAUGGGUGUGCCUGAGUGCGUCUUACCUGUACUUGCAUUUGUCCGCAAGUCCUCAAGAGCCUGGACUGAGGACAUGGGGCCCAUAGUUAUACACUGCAGUGCUGGAGUGGGAAGAACAGGCACCUACAUUGUCUUGGACAGCAUGAUGAGGCAGAUUGAAGAGCAGGGUCUGGUGAACAUUAUGGGCUUCCUCAAACACAUCCGCACUCAGAGGAACUACCUGGUGCAGACAGAGGAGCAGUACAUCUUUAUCCAUGAUGCACUGGUGGAAGCAAUCCUAAGUAGAGAGACGGACGUGCCUACUAGGCGUGUUCAUAGUUACGUUAACGACCUACUAACCACCGGCCCUUCAUGUAGAACAGAACUGGAAAAGCAGUUUAAGCUGGUGAGCCAGCCCUGUACAAACCCGAAUGAUUUCACUGCUGCUUUAAAAGACUGCAACAAAGACAAGAACAGGGGCUCCUCAUUACUACCUGUGGAUAGAUGCAGAGUGUGUUUGUCUACAACCUCAGAAGAGACCUCAGACUACAUCAAUGCUUCUUAUAUUAUGGGAUAUCACCACAGCAAUCAGUACAUCAUUACUCAGAAUCCUCUGCCCAGUACAGUGAAGGACUUUUGGAGGAUGAUUUGGGACCACAAUGCCCAGGUCAUUGUCUCACUGCCUGAUGGCACCAGCCUGACAGAGGAAACAGAGCCAAUGAUGUUCUGGCCUGGAAGAGACCAGUCUAUAAACUGUAAAAUGUUCACAGUGUCCUUAAGAGGGGAGGAACAUAUGUGUCUGUCUAAUGAGGAAAUGCUGAUUGUACAGGAUUAUGUCCUCGAAGCCUCUCAGGAUGACUAUGUGCUGGAAGUGAGACAUUACCGAACUCCUCGCUGGCCAAACCCAGACAGUCCAAUCAGCAAGACCUUUGAGCUUAUCAGUUUAAUCCAAGGGGAGCAAGCCACUAAAGAGGGGCCUGUAGUUGUACAUGAUGAUUAUGGUGGUCUGACGGCUGGGACGUUCUGUGCCCUCUACACCCUGUUCCAGCAGCUGGAGGCUGAAGGCUCUGUAGAUGUUUAUCUGGUGGCCAAGAUGACCAACCUGAUGAGGCCUGGGAUCUUUACUGACAUUGAACAGUACCAGUUCCUCUACAAAGCCAUUUUGAGUCUGGUUGGCACCCAAGAAGAUGAAAGAGCCCUCCAGUCCUCCAAAAACACCACCACAUUCCCAGGAGGCACUGCAAGUGCCUCAGACAGUCUGGAAUCCCUGGUGUAACCAUAGCAAUGUGUGUAUGCAGCUAUUACAGAUCUUUUCCCUGCUGCUUUUUUAUUUUAUUUAAUUUUUUUUUUUUAUACCUGAUCACAUCCCACAUGCACAUGAGCUCACCAAACACAUAGUGUCACCCUGGAACUUGAUAUGUGCCUUUGUGCGAUCAUUUCAAAUCUGAUUCAGUUUAAUGUUAGAAUUAUAUAUUCUCUGGCUCGUCUUUGUACUAACAUGUUACUAAUUUCAUAUUUAUUGCCAUUACAGCUCCUUGAAAGGGCAAAGUCACUUGUUAAUAAUGCAUAUUUUUAGAGCAUAGAUUGUAGCAACCAAGAGCCACAUUCUUUCUUUACAUGAAUGUAAAUACAAAGGCUGUGGCUUUUUGGUCACACUUUUCAAAAAAAUAAGAAGAAAGAAAUAAUAAUUUGUAAAUAUUAAAGCAACCAAGUCAAUGGACCAAAUUUCUAUUUAUAUGGCUAGAUUUUUAUAUUUUACUACUGUUAAGGCUGUAGUGCUUUACACUAUAUGUAUGAACAUUCCCAGUGUAGAGAAAAUGGUACUCUAAUACCUCUGAAGCCUCAAUGGUACGCUGUCACUGAUUUAACAUGAACAAUACUCACCUUCUAGCUGCCCAUAGAAACUGUUAUAUGUAGGAUUAAAUAAUA